UCAAAGUCCCCAACCAUACCCAUCCUCUUGUAUCCUUCAGCCCCCAUUCGGCACCCCACAGCCGGCCGCCCAUGGCCGGCCCCCUACACCAACCCCAUUCAAACAAACACAUAUAUAUCUAAUAUCUAUAAAUACCAACCCAACACAAUCCUCAUUUUUCCAUCUCACCCCUCAUAUAUCAAAUUAACUACUUAAUACUACUACACAUCUCAAAGCCUUCCUUUUCCAAAAUGGCCAUCUCCACCUCUCAUCUCUUCGUCCUUCUCUCAAUGGCGGUUGUCAUGUAUGCGCCUUCGGCUCUGGCCACCAAUUACACCGUCGGAGAUGAUGCUGGUUGGAGCAUCAAUGUCAACUAUACCUUGUGGGCUCAAGGAAAAAUGUUCAACGUCGGCGAUAUGCUUAUUUUCAAUUACCCACCCGGAGACCACAACGUGUUCAAGGUGAACGGAAGUGAUUUCCAGAAUUGCACAUUACCAAAGGACGGCCAAAAUGCAUUAACCUCCGGAAGCGACGUCAUUGUGCUAGCGAAGCCUGGAAAGAAAUGGUACAUUUGUGGAAAAGAAGGCCACUGUGGACAGGGCCAGAAGCUGGUCAUUAAUGUCAUGGAUAUGGGUCCGGCCAAUUCCCCACUUCCUGGUGGAACCGCCCCUCCUCCCCCAUCUGCCGCCACCAAAGCUGUUGUUUCCGCCCAGUUUGGGUUCGUUGCACUGGUGGUUGCCGUCCUUGGGAUGAUGAUGCUUUAGAGUGAUUUAAUUUAAUUGAUGGGUUUCUUACUAUUUUAAUUUGCAACAUUUGACAAGAGAGACGACUUUGCUGUUUUAAACAUUAUUCCCAUUUAUGUUUGGUUUGUUUUUGCAAUUUGUUGAGUUUUUCCAUUUCAAUUUGAGACAUAUAUUUGAAUUUUAAUUUGC